UUUCGGCUCCAGCGUACGUUCCGACGUGCAGCUGCCAUGGAGAGAGCCUAAAUCCAGGGUCUCCAGUUUUAUUCCGUUCCAUACAACGCCUGUUAUUGUAAUUUUGUAUUAAUCAUGGCUCACUGGGCCCAGGCUGUGUUUGUCAGCCUGACCGUGUGCUUGCGUGCCGUGUGCCUCGAAGGCGCUGCUGCUGCUGCGGAGAGCCUCGACCGCGCUUGUCCUGUGUCCUGGAGGUCAACCCAGGAGGCGAGGCGAGGCGAUCUCUGCGCGGACACCGUGCUGAUCCAGCUGCUGGCUGCCGGAAGCCCCUCCGGGUCAGAGCAGGAGGACGACAACUCGUCGGAGGAGAGGCCCGACAGCGCGGCUGGGAUGGAGCUCGCCCGCUCGAUCGCCAGCGAGGCUGCCAAUGGCAGUGACGGUGCCGCUCGAUCAGGCGAUAUUGUUCGGCAGGGGGACAUGAUCACUGGCGAGGCGCCGCAGGAGAAUCUCGGCUACGACCUCGCCCUGAGCGCAAACGGGCAGAGGCUCCUCGUCGGAGCGUACCAGAGCGACAAGAUGAUGCUGAACGCUGGUGCCUGUCGGGUGUACCAGUGGAGCUCUGCAGAGAACAAGUGGAAGACCCUCGGGCAGGACGUCUACGGCGGGCACGUGGCCUACGGCAUGUUCGGCGCCUCGGUCUCGCUCGACGCGGCCGGGAGCCGAUGGGCCGCUGGCGCGACGAUGCUGGACUCGAGGCAGCCGUCCGGGAGCGGAGGCGUGGAGGUGUUCGACCUCACCCUCGACAUCCAGACCUACCAGUACCAGUGGGUGCGGAUUGGCAGCAAGAUCCUCGGCGAGAGCGAGGACGAGGGCGCCCGCAACGUGGGCAUCAGCGGGGACGGCAGCUACCUGGUUAUCGGCGCCAGCGGCCACCAGUACGGCGCCGUGCGCGUUUACAAGUAUGAUGGCGACGACUUGGGCAGAGGGAGAAACGGGACCCAUACUUCUGGCGGCCCGAAAACCCGUCGCCACAUGUUGUUCUUCAAUAUCGAAGACGCCUCUGGCGAAUCACCGCCGCCCCCUGCCUUUUGCAAACGCCUUUGCGGCCAGACGUUGUGUGCCGAAGUCUG